AUGACAGUUAGCCGUCAACCUUCAGAGUGGGUGUAUCGUUUGUAUAUUACAUUGAAUAUUACUUGAUGAACAUAAAUUAUGCUACGACAGUUCUCCUAGGUUUUGAUGUUCAUUAUCUUUCGUCUUCCAAGAAAUAGUACGCGAUAGGAUUUACGGUUUGUUUCCGAGUGAUAGGUGUGAUAGGUAUCUCUUGAUAAGUGUCGAAGCAUCGAGACGUUCAUCGAAAUGUUGGAUUAAACCGACGGAUAGAAGAAGCUUGUGUAAAUUCGAGUUUAAACGUGGCAUAAUAUUCGCGUGGCAUGUACAUAGUCUUGAAAACUGCUAAAACGCAUAUAGUAGAAAACCAGCUAUACCUUUUUUGGGAGAAAUAACGGACGCUGACACGCGACCGUGGCACAGCUGUAGAAUUGAGUUUCUUGAAUCACGACUGCCGAAUUAUCACCCCCUGUAAUAAAGAACGACCAAGGGAAUUAGCAUUGUUGCUUCUUUAUCUUUUAAUUAUUUUUUUAUUAAUCACGUGGGCCGAUUGUAUAUCGUGCAGAUAAGAUAUUAAUACAUGAAAUAAGAGACAUAAAACAAGAGUACGAAACUGACUCAUAUAUAAGGAGCGAUGUAUUGAGGAUCAAUUUAUUAUAACAUAUUGUCAGGUAAUAUCGUGUAAUUUAUCAAAGCUAAAUAUUAUCUCGAUUAUCGGAAGACUAUACUUUAUAUUAGCACAAAAAAACAUUUAACAUCUACGUAAAUCCGAAAUACUUCGGUUUUAAUUGUCUACUUUCUAGUUGUGAUCUUGUUUCGGUUUUAUUAUCUGUUACGCAGUCAUGUUGGGCAACAUGUUCUGUAAGUAGAAUACCGGAACGAGCACUAUGUUUCAGUCGGGACAACUUAAUGGAUUUCUCGAGAAAUUUAAGGAGAUGAUGGAAGAAGGAGAUGAAAAUCUUGGUAUUCCGGUUCUUGAACCAUUAGUGAUGGAGCACCUGGAUAUAGAUUGGAAGAUAAGGACAUUGUUCUCAGCAGAAGGAUAUCUAGAGAAUUUACGCAUAGAUGGUUUGUCUAACUAUACAGUAAAGCGGGCUGAUUUCACGAUGGCUGAUUUUAAAGGCAAAGUAAAUCUUCUGUUCCACGAAAUUAAAAUUGAGACUGGCUACGAUGUGACAGGUACAUUCCUCGAUGAAGAUGUGGAGGGAUGUGGAGACCUCGCCCUCCGCAUUGAGGGACUUAAAGUGAAGGCGGACCUGCAAUUAGAGAUAAAGGAAGGGAGGCUGUACGUAUCAAACCUGGAAUUGCGGGUCAAAGUAAGGGAAUUCGACUGUAAUAUCUCCGAAUUAUACGUCAACGAUGAUUUGUCCGAGAAUAUAAGCGAAACCAUCACUGAGGAGGCCCCCAAUUUCCUCGAGGAGAAUCAAGAUCUAAUAUCGCAAUACCUGAGUAAGAUGCUGAGGAAGUUGAUAAACAAUAUACUAAAGAAAUAUACGGUGGUAAACUUGUUGGACAUGAUUUCCGGUUAAUCGAUAAUUCUAAAUACUCUUUCGUACUUCUAACAAAUAAAUUGGAGUAAACAUAAAA